AUGAAAGGCGAGGUUCAGGCUCCUGCGGAGAUAGAUGUGGGUGACGCUACCGCGUCCGACAGGUUGGCAAAUGGAUUUACUAGUGAUGGGGAUGUGAAAAAAGACGUGGACCAACUCACAUUGGAAGACAUUCGUGAGCAGAUUCGUUAUAUCGAAAAGGCAGUUGCGACAAAGGAAUUGAAUUACAUCACCCGGGUGAUUCGGAGCCUAACAUCUGUUCGCCGUAAACUGAACCAUAAUGUAUUGCGCGGGCUCGUUCAGGGGUACUUCCCGAGCCCAUCGCCUCAAAAAGCUUAUUUCAUGGAGUUUCUACCCGAGGCGAUGGAUACAGACUGUGCAGUCUCACCGUUUCGACCAAGAAGUGGGAAACAAAAUGUACCUUUGUUGCCGGAGGUGGAAGCCUACCUACAUCUGCUCUUGCUGAUAUUUCUUAUCGACGAAAAGCACUAUAAAGAGGCAACGAGGUGUUCUGAUCUGCUGAUGGAAAGGAUAAACAUGACCAACCGGCGUUCGAUGGCGCUGCUUGCCAGUCGAUGCUAUUACUACCAUAGUCGAAGUUACGAACUGGUCGAGCGUCUAGAAGCCGUUCGACCUUUUCUUCAUGCUCGCUUGUGCACCGCUACCCUCAGAUCGAACUACGAAUCCCAAGCCGUUCUGAUCAAUCUUCUGCUCAGAAACUACCUACACUAUCAACUGCACGAACAGGCUUUCAAAUUGGUCAGUCGAGUGGUUUUUCCAGAAAGUGCUCCAAACAACGAAUGGGCCCGGUAUCUGUACUAUCUUGGGCGCAUAAAGGCAAUUCAGCUAGACUAUUCUGCCGCCCAUGAGCAUUUGGUGGCUGCUCUGCGCAAGGCCCCUCAAAAUGCCGCAAUCGGGUUCAAGCAGGCUCUACACAAGUUGAACACCGUGGUUGAAUUGCUACUGGGUGAUCAACCAGACCGGUCAGUUUUUCGUCAGGCACAUUUCAAAGCAGCUCUUCAACCUUACUUCCAACUGACGCAGUCCAUUCAUGCUGGUGAUUUGGGUCGGUUCAGUGAGGUUGUGCGGGUUCACGGAGCUCAGUUCUCCGCUGACCGAACGUAUACUCUCAUUAUCCGCUUACGUCACAAUGUAAUCAAAACGGGAGUUCGCCGUAUCUCUUUGAGUUAUUCACGCAUUUCACUUGCCAGUAUAGCUGAGAAGCUGCAGUUGGGCAACGCCAAGGAUGCAGAAUACAUUGUAGCUAAAGCCAUACGAGAUGGUGUAAUUGACGCAAGUAUCAAUCACGAGAAACAGUAUGUAACGACGAAGGAAACCUUAGAUUUGUACUCGACAAGAGAACCUUUUGAUCAAUUUCACCAGCGCAUCCGUUUCUGUUUGGGGAUCCACAACCAAGCCGUCAAGGCGAUGCGCUAUCCACCGAAGCAAUAUAACAAAGAUGUGGAGUCCGCCGAGGAGCGGCGCGAACGUGAGCAACAAGAAUUGGAGAGUGCGAAAGAAUUGUCCGAGGAUGAUUUCGAUGGGUUUCCUUAAACUGUUUUAUCCAAUUCUCAUUGUCAACCCAACUUUAUGCACAGUCAUUACAAAUGUUAGUUUCAAAGUUGCCUAUCCUUGCAGUGUACACCGGGUAAAGCGAAAUAAUUGCUACCGGAAAUCCAUCAUAUGUACCCUUUG